ACUUAUCAUGUUCAGCUAUUGUUAACACUCCAUGGCCCCUCUGAGCAGUACCACCAUGACCACCUUGUGGCGCAAGGUGGUCCGUGCUGCUUUACAUGUUCAACCUACCCUUCGACCUCCUACCUCACUCCCUACACCCACUGUUUCUCAUUCUUCGGUGAAAAACCUACAAAAUCUACAUACCCCUCAUGUCUCUCCUCACUUCUCAUCCUCGUCUGCUGUCGUGCAGAAUAAAGUCAUGUUCAAUAUCCGAAAUAUCUUCCCUGUCCUUAGAAAAUUAGCAAAGGACACUUUCCCCUCUAUAUCCCAACCAAGUCAUCGUCUCGCUGUCCAACUUCAACCCAUUCGGAUUUCUCACAGAGGAUUCUCCACUGCUCAAUCGACUUCUAGGCGUUUAGGAAAUAUACGAUUUUCCAGAGGGAUUGGACCGACCAGUCGAAUCAGUCAAUCGCCCGGUAUUAAUUCUCUUGGUCUUAAUUCUGCUCGUGGUUUCGCGACUUCUGGACCUGCCUCCGCUCAAACGUUAAACAACAUUCCCGUUGUAUUGAGAGCUUUUGCUUCUUUACUCGAUAACGAAGAUUUGUCCUCUCGUAUUCCAAAAGCAUCACGAUACACACCUUAUUCUCAUCUCAAAUCUAACGGCACUUCUAAACGUCUUCGUCGUCGUCAUGCUCCUUGUAUCAACAAUCGUUUACAAUCAUGGAAAGAAGAAGUCAACCAUUAUUUCCCUCUUCCCAUUACUCGUAUCACCUCUACUAAAUCAUCAGUAGCUCUUCCCCCUUUACCAGAAACGUUGAUCACUGAGGGAAUCAACACCAUCCUUUCUGUCCCUCUUUCACCGAGUUUACACACAUUACUCAGUCCCACAACGACAAUACCAUAUUCUGAAGCGGAAGUUGGGGUCUCCAUACUUGCUCGUUUGACCAAAGGACUUUUACCUCUACAUGAAGCUUUUGCAUCUUAUGCGAGUACUCGUAUCAUACCCUUGUUGGCAAAACUGGAUGGAUUGGGAGUUCUGGGAGAGAAUGGGAAGACUAGUAUGGAAGUUUUGUUGGAUACACAUGGUAUUCCAGAUAUUUUGAGGAUAGUCUUUGAGGGUAGGUCUCAUAGGGAUGUACGUCAAUUACUUGGGGAAAGUUUACGAGUAGGGGAGGAAGGUCAAUGGUGGGUUUUGCAAGAAUUUCAAAAGCUUGGGAAAACAAUCAAACUUGACCCGUCGGAAAGUAGGGAUAUACUCGAACGAUGGGAUUCGCCUUCUUAUUCUCAUCCUGAAGAAAUGUUCAGAUCGACGAAUGUGAUUUCGCAAGAGGAAAGAGUGGAUCAAUUGAUAUUUCCCACAAUCGACCUAUCCGAUUCCAUGCAGAUCACUUCGAUGGGAUGGGACGAUGUAACAGAUAUCUCUGAUAACCUCGCAUUCGCCUCUCCUCCAACUUCUAGUGGAUCUCUCACCCCUCAAUCCGAUAUCUCCAUCUCUCCUUCCUUCCUUUCUUCUUCACCGGAGACAUCAAUCUGGCAGGUCUCUCGAACAACGGAAUCGCGCCGAACAUCUCUAAGAUCGGUCAUAGCGUCGGAAGUGUCGGACGGUUGGACGGAAGGGGAUGUAUCGGAACAUGUUUUAGAAGACGGAGAAGCCAGUCAGGUGGAUAUACGUUGGUCUGGUCAAGGAGAAGGAUUCGGUUUUGCUCAGCCUUGGUAGUUUGCUUCUUUGGAGGGUUGUGAGAUGUAAGAGAAGAAUGGGUGAGCGUGGAUUGGAUGUACGAGACAUGUCAUCAGGAGGGGGAUACGAAUACAUGAAUGCAGAUGUGCGAUGUAUGAGAUUUAUUCCU